AUGGAAGCCGCAAAACGGGAGUUACAAACGAACCUCACUCAGCUACAGGUGACACGGGACAAGACGGAAACAGUCCUUACAAGUAAAAACAGCAACCGCAUCAAACGACACGUACAGUCGUUAAAAGCUAUUGGAAACUCGACAGAUGAACCGAGGCGAAAACUAGAAGAAAUGAAAAUUAUAGACGGCGAAGACGGGAUCGCAAUUACCUCAUGGAGUGAAGAGAUAGAGAACAAAAUCGCAAUGGUCGAUGAAGAUGUCGAUAAACUGGCUGCAUUCCUCACCGAGGGUGAACAAAGGGAGACAGAAAAAAACAGACAAGAGCAACUCGAAUUCGAGAGAGAGCUGAUAGAGAGAAAAUUUAGGUACCACAAAGAGCUUGAAGAGAAAGAUCAACAAGAUUCCAUUGUCACAGGGAAUAAAGACGCCAAACAAACACAAGGUACUAGUAACGCUGCUGAAAACUGAAAACUUUAUUUAUACUCGAGGGUCUGGAGCUUAUUAGGCUCCUAGCUUAAAUAGCUAAUGAAUCGAGGUUAAAAACAAACAAAAAAGAAAUGAAUUGAAUUUAAACUAUUUACAUCAUGAUACGAUAUUGUUUACAGAUAAUGAUUCUAAAAGGUACAAUCUUAACUCACUGUUACAAAGUUCGAUGGAACAUACCUCGAUUGGAAUCGUUUUUGGGGCCAAUUCACUGAGGCUAUUGACAAAACUGGGAUGGUCGCAAUAA